GGGACGGGCGCGGGGCCGGCGCCGGGGGGCGGGGGCCGGGGCCCGGGCCGGCGCGCGCGGGGGGUAUGAUGACCCGGCGGCGGGGCCCGGGAUCCUGUCUCCUCCGCCGCCGCCUCCUCACGGCAGCCCCGGCUCGCGGCUGAGAACCACACACACCGGCGGUAUGGCCUCACAGCUGCACUUCUCCCCCCCAUCAGUGUCGUCGAGUGGCUUCUGCAGCGCCAAGAAGCUGAAGAUAGAGCCCUCCGGCUGGGAUGUGUCUGGCCAGAGCAGCAGCGACAAAUACUACCCUCACAGCAAGCCGCUCCCGGCCGCCCCAGGGCCGGCCAGCUCCUCUCACCAGGUAGCCAGCUUCAGCAUCCCCGCCUAUGACCAGGGCCUCCUCCUCCCAGCGCCCGCCGCGGAGCACAUCGUGGUCACGGCCGCCGACAGCUCGGCCAGCGCGGCCCCGGCCACCUUCCAGAGCAGCCGGAGCCGGCCGCACCGGAGCGCCGUGUCCCUGCUGGAGCCCUUCCAGAAAUGCGGCCUGAAGCGUAAGAGUGAGGAGGUGGACGGCGGCGGCAGCGUGCAGAUCAUCGAGGAGCACCCCCCGCUCAUGCUGCAGAGCAGGACCGCGGUGGGUGCCGCUGCCACGACCACCACCGUCACCACCAAGAGCAGCAGCGCCAGCGGGGAGGGCGACUACCAGCUGGUCCAGCACGAGAUCCUGUGCUCCAUGACCAACAGCUACGAGGUCCUGGAGUUCCUGGGCCGGGGCACGUUCGGGCAGGUGGCCAAGUGCUGGAAGCGGAGCACCAAGGAGAUCGUGGCCAUCAAGAUCCUGAAGAACCACCCCUCCUACGCCAGGCAGGGCCAGAUCGAAGUGAGCAUCCUCUCCCGCCUGAGCAGCGAGAAUGCCGACGAGUACAACUUUGUCCGCUCCUACGAGUGCUUCCAGCACAAGAACCACACCUGCCUGGUGUUCGAGAUGCUGGAGCAGAACCUGUACGAUUUCCUGAAGCAGAACAAGUUCAGCCCGCUGCCGCUCAAGUACAUCCGGCCCAUCCUGCAGCAGGUGGCCACGGCCCUCAUGAAGCUCAAGAGCCUCGGUCUGAUCCACGCCGACCUGAAGCCCGAGAACAUAAUGCUGGUCGACCCGGUGCGCCAGCCCUACCGAGUGAAGGUCAUUGACUUUGGCUCCGCUAGUCACGUGUCCAAGGCCGUGUGCUCCACCUACCUACAGUCACGCUACUACAGAGCCCCUGAAAUUAUUCUCGGAUUGCCGUUUUGUGAAGCCAUUGACAUGUGGUCGCUGGGCUGUGUGAUAGCUGAGCUGUUCCUGGGUUGGCCUCUCUAUCCUGGUGCUUCGGAAUACGACCAGAUUCGUUACAUUUCGCAAACACAAGGCCUGCCUGCUGAAUAUCUUCUCAGUGCCGGGACCAAAACCACCAGGUUUUUCAACAGAGAUCCUAACUUGGGGUACCCACUGUGGAGGCUUAAGACUCCUGAAGAACAUGAAUUGGAAACUGGAAUCAAAUCAAAAGAAGCUCGAAAGUACAUUUUUAAUUGUUUAGAUGACAUGGCGCAGGUGAACAUGUCCACAGACUUAGAAGGAACAGACAUGUUGGCAGAGAAGGCGGAUCGCAGAGAAUACAUUGACCUGUUAAAAAAAAUGCUAACAAUUGAUGCAGAUAAGAGAAUUACUCCUCUGAAAACGCUUAACCAUCAGUUUGUAACCAUGACUCACCUUCUGGACUUUCCACAUAGCAAUCAUGUUAAGUCUUGUUUUCAGAACAUGGAGAUCUGCAAGCGGAGGGCUCACAUGUAUGAUACAGUGAGUCAGAUCAAGAGUCCCUUCACGACGCACGUGGCCCCAAAUACAAGCACAAACCUGACCAUGAGCUUCAGCAACCAGCUCAACACCGUGCACAAUCAGGCCAGUGUUCUAGCUUCCAGCUCCACGGCAGCAGCUGCUACUCUGUCUCUGGCUAACUCGGAUGUCUCCCUGCUGAACUACCAGUCGGCUCUGUACCCGUCGUCUGCAGCCCCGGUGCCUGGCGUGGCCCAGCAGGGCGUCUCCCUGCAGCCCGGAACCACGCAGAUCUGCACGCAGACAGACCCCUUCCAGCAGACCUUCAUAGUCUGUCCGCCCGCUUUCCAGACUGGACUUCAGGCCACGACGAAGCACUCUGGGUUCCCUGUGAGGAUGGAUAACGCCGUGCCCAUCGUCCCCCAGGCGCCGGCGGCCCAGCCGCUGCAGAUCCCGUCGGGCGUGCUCACGCAGGGAAGCUGUACGCCACUAAUGGUAGCAACUCUCCACCCUCAAGUAGCCGCCAUCGCGCCGCAGUACGCGGUGCCCUUUACCCUGAGCUGCGCAGCCGGCCGGCCGGCGCUGGUGGAACAGACCGCUGUACUGCAGGCUUGGCCCGGAGGCACCCAGCAGAUUCUCCUGCCCUCCACGUGGCAGCAGCUGCCCGGGGUGGCGCUGCACAACUCUGUCCAGCCUGCGGCCGUGAUCCCGGAGGCCAUGGGCGGGGGCCAGCAGCUCGCAGACUGGAGGAGUGCCCACUCGCAUGGCAGCCAGUACAGCACCGUCAUGCCGCCGUCCUUGCUCACCAGCCACGUGACGCUGGCCACCGCGCAGCCCCUGAACGUUGGCGUUGCCCACGUCGUCAGACAGCAGCAGUCCAGCUCCCUGCCUUCGAAGAAGAACAAGCCGUCGGCUCCCAGCUCCUCGAAGUCUUCUCUGGAUGUACCGCCUUCUCAAGUCUAUUCCCUGGUGGGGAGCAGUCCCCUCCGGACCACGUCUUCCUAUAAUGCCCUUGUCCCCGCCCAAGAUCAGCAUCAGCCAAUCAUCAUUCCAGACACUCCCAGCCCUCCCGUGAGUGUCAUCACCAUCCGCAGCGACACCGACGAGGAGGAGGACAGCAAAUACAAGCCCACUAGCUCUGGGCUGAAGGCACGGUCCAAUGUCAUCAGCUACGUCACUGUCAACGACUCUCCCGACUCCGACUCUUCCCUGAGCAGCCCGUAUUCCACCGAGAACCUGAGCGCUCUCCGGGGCAACAGCGGGCCCCUCGUGGAGGGGCAGGGCAGAGGCGUGGGCGACGGCCCUGGCACCCGCACCAUCAUUGUGCCUCCGCUGAAGACUCAGCUUGGUGACUGCACGGUAGCAACCCAGGCCCCGGGUCUCCUGAGCACCAAGACCAAGCCCGUGGCCUCGGUGAGUGGGCAGUCCUCCGGAUGCUGUAUCACCCCCACGGGGUACCGAGCGCAGCGCGGGGGCACCAGCGCGGCACAGCCACUCAACCUCAGCCAGAACCAGCAGUCAUCGUCCGCUCCAACCUCGCAGGAGAGAAGCAGCAACCCUGCCCCCCGCAGACAGCAGGCGUUUGUGGCCCCGCUCUCCCAAGCCCCCUACACCUUCCAGCAUGGCAGCCCGAUACACUCGACGGGGCACGCACACCUGGCCCCCGCCCCUGCUCACUUGCCAAGCCAGCCUCACCUGUUCACGUACGCUGCCCCCACCUCCACCGCUGCGCUGGGCUCCACCAGCUCCAUCGCUCACCUCUUCUCCCCCCAGGGCUCCUCCAGGCAUGCCGCCGCCUACGCCACCCACCCCAGCACCCUGGUGCACCAGGUCCCUGUGAGCGUGGGGCCCAGCCUCCUCACCUCUGCCAGCGUGGCCCCUGCUCAGUACCAGCACCAGUUUGCCACCCAGUCCUACAUUGGCUCGUCCCGAGGCUCAACAAUUUACACCGGAUACCCACUGAGUCCAACCAAGAUCAGCCAGUACUCCUACUUGUAGGUGGUGAGCGUGAGGGAGGAGGGCCGUGGCCGCCCGCUCUGGCCCCCAGCUCUGCAGGACGGGCUGUGCUCAGCUCCUCCCCUGCCCUCCCGAAGCUCCCCGGCCAGCCCCUCGCUCUGUAGGGCCCGCUGGCAUGACAGAAGGUUUUUCUCUGGGGACCCUGGCCCAGUGUUGACAGCAUUGUAGUCUCCCAAGUCCGCCUGUUUUUAAUUCCUUGUUUUUGUGCCAUCAGUCUGCUGUUUAGAAGAGUCAGACGCCCAUCUUCCGCAGUGACCAUGGGGAGAGGUCAUUCUGAAGUCACCCUUUGGAAAAUGUUUUCUCUCGGACUUUGUUUCUAUUACAUGCUUUUAAAACAAGUGUUGCCCCUCUUUAUUUAACUUUGUUUUAUUGUAGUUACUGGCCAGAGGGAAAAUGCCAAUAGAAGGACUUGGAGUUUGUUAGUGAGAAAAAGAAAAAAGAAAUCAUUGCUUUGUGCUUGUUGAAAACCAAGACCUAAUUUGCCGAUUUUAAGAGUCGCUCUCACAAGUACCUGUUUUCCCAUCAGGCACUUCUCCUCAGAAUUUUACUGUGUCUGUGAGAUAUUUAAACCUACAGUGUUGUAGUUUUGUUUCCAUGUCACAUUGUACUUAACGGGCAAUUGUUAUUUCUGCAUAACUGGUUGUGCACUGCUCUGGAUUACUGAUGGGAGUCUCUCAGAGCUCUGUGUUCAAAAGGCUGCUCACCGUGCGGUAACAGCGCGAGAACCCAUGCCUGCCAUGAAGACACAACGCCCCAGGGGUUCUUAAACGGAGCACCGUGCAUUAUUUUGAAAUUAUUUUUUAAAAUGUCCUCUGAUUCAGCUCACAUUGUAUUAUGGAAAAGCCAUUGAGGUGGUUGCUAUUGUGUGGUGGUGGUGGUUUUAUUAUAUGCAAAAGCUCUUUGUAGUAUGCGCUACUGGCAUUGAUGAGCUUCGCCUAAAGAGUAGUAUUUUCAAUAAUCCACCUCUCCCUCUCCUCCCCUCACCUCUUCCUUCUGUUCUCUGUGAUUGAUUUGGGGAGAAAGGGAAAGAAUCUGAGACCCAAUGAGAACAUUGUGUAUAGCUUUUAUACUUUAGACUAGCUUCCUUUGUAUGCCAGCAGCAGACUGAAUGCUCUCUUAUUAAGACUUAUACAAUAAGUGCAUGUAGGAAUUGCAACAAAAAAAAGUAUUUUAAAAAUUUAUUACUGAAUUUAAAAAUAUUUUAGAAGUUUUGUAAUGGUGGUGUUUUAAUAUUUUGCAUAAUUAAAUAUGUACAUAUUGAUUAGAAAAAUAUAAUAAGCAAUUUUUCCUGCUCUCCCAAGAUGUUAUUUGUAAUCAAAUGUGUAGUGAUUACACUUGAAUUGUGUAUUUCGUGUGUACCCGAUCCUCCAGUGUUACCGGGAGAUGGCAUUGGUGUCUCCACUGUAUUUAAACCAAAUGAACUGAUCCUUGUCGGAAUGUGUGUGAACUAACUGCCAUUCUGUUAGAGCCUAUCACUGUAGUGCUGAGAGCGCAGGGCGUAGCCUGCCGGAGAGGAGACCUUGGGAUUGUUUUUGCACAGGUGUGUCUGGUGAGGACUUGUUCCGUGUGUGUCUCUCCCCGCCCCCGCCCCAUUGUAGUGCCUUAUAUGAUGAUGUAGUGGUUCUAGAGUUUACAGGGAGCUGCCUUAGGAUGGACCAGCAGGCCCCGGGGACCUGAGCUGUUCGCUGGGUUCAUCGGAACAGGACUAGUGGCUGUGCCAUGGACACGCGUUUCCUCAGUUUCUCUGCCGACACGGAAACCUCCCAAUAGCAGCUUUCCUCCUCUGCCCCCUGCCCCCGCCGGGCCCGGCCUCCUCUCACAGAAGCUCGUCCCCGCGCGGCUCCCCCUGUGUGGCCACCUGCUCCUGGGAGCAGUCAGCAAGCAGGUGAGAGGAGUCAGCCAGUAUUUAAUAUGCAUUGCUGCUUCUUUCCAAAAAGGAUGUGCAGUCACUUUGAGAAUGAGACCCCCACCCGCUUCCCCAUAUGGCAGUCCUUCCUGCAGAUAGCUGACAUUCCUAGAAAAAUAUUUGCUUGUUGAGAAAAACAUGUAACAGAUGUGUUUAUACCAAAGAGCCUGUUGUGUCGCUCACCCUGUCCCCAUACUAGAAGAGUCUCGUGGUGCCGCUGGUGGCAGCGAAGAGCAUUAGGAAAGCACCAAAGCCACUGGGCUUUCGAGGUUCCUUUUUGCCAACUUGUAUGUUCUCGGGGCCCUGCCAGCUGUGCCACUGCCCUUGUCCUCCAGCUCCCACACGGAUCGGGGUCAGUGGAGGGUACUGAGGAUGUUCCUGCCCAUGAGGAUUCUGGGGAAGAAGGCAGCCCUAAGGCACAGAAGUGUGCCAUCUGAAUGGAACGUGACAGUGGAGGGGCCCGUCCAGGACGUUCUUCGUGCAGAUGGCGUAGGGAGGUGCAGGGUGGAGAUGGGGGUUUCGUGGAGCCCGGGCAGCCAGCCCUGCUCGGGUCGAACACCGAGGAGCUGUCAGGUAUUGGAGCUUCUUCUUUGUGAGGAGUCUGGGCUUCCGGGAGGAGCGGUCAGGGCAGCCUGCCAGGAGGGAAGGUGUUGGCGCUUUCUGUGUGUGUGCAUUCUCGCGAGUUGUGUGCUCAGCACGCUGCUGGUCAGGAUACCCAAGCAGCGAGUAUCGCUUGUCACUAGUGCGUUAAGUGUUCUGGUCAAGUGUUCUGGUCGGCGUGUGUGGUCUGUGUCUCCUUUGUGCCAAGCCCAUUCGGAGUUUCUUGCUUCGAAGGCAGAGCUAGUUUCUAAUGGAAACUCUGUGUUCCUUUUCUUUACAAGGGAUAGGAAUUGUUUUUGUAAGAAACCAGAUACAGGAAAAACCACCACAGAACACUCCGCUCCUGCCCCCAGUCCCGAAGGUAGAGACCGUUUCAAGAUGCGGGAAAAGAUGACGCUGAGAUUUGUACUGUUACCUUCAUCACCUUACUAGCACUGUGCAGCUUUAGGGAUUUUAGAGCUUUUCAGCCAGUCUAUCAAUUGGCAUUUCAGACUCGCCAGGUAAACCCCUCCCCACCCCACCCCCGUGUGGCUUUCCAUCCUGGCCCUGCGGCCUGAGCAGCUGGCUUGCAUCCGAGUGGCCUGGCCUCUGACCAGGCUAAGGCUUUGGCCCCCUCUGGAGUGCACUUCCGGCUUCUCUCCUUCCGGGUGAGAGCAGUGGGGAAGGGUUAGUUAAAUGCAGCCACUCUAGGCUCCUCAGGACACUGAUCACUCUACUUAAUAGCUCCCAGGGGUGAUCCUGUGUUCCGUGCUCAGCUCCCAGCCCCAGGAGUAAGCACUCCACAUCAGACGGUCUGCCAGCCUGAGGGCCCGCAGCCAGGCAAGCACAUCCGGGGCUUUUUAGUCAGCAUUAUUAUGCAAAAACCUACCGGUUAGGGGGUUCCUUUUAAAUUAGGAGAUGAAGUUGCCUCCCAGUGACAGGAAUGGCCCACGCCUGCUUCCUAUUUUGAUUUUGUUUUUAACUGAUGGAUGGUGCAGCAUGUCUUCAUGGUUGUUUGUUGCAAAACUUUAUAUAAUGUGUGGUUUUGAUUCCGCUUGAAGAAUAAUCUCACUACAUGUAGCAGUACAUUCUGUGUGCAUUCUAUGUAAUGUUAGUAUUUCUGCUUCGAACCCUUGAUAUUGCAAUGGAAUUCCAACUUUAUUCGGUGUAUGUGAUCUGCUAGCUAUUGUGUGCGAUUUAAACUUUCGUUGCUUCCUCUCUUUUCUGGUUGUGCUCUCCCCUGGACAACGAGCCUCUAGAAGCAGUUUCUGAGAAUUACUGAGCUAUGUUUGUAAUGCAGAUGUACUUAGGAGUAUGUAAAAUAAUCAUUUUAACAAAAUAAAUAGAUAUUUAAAAUUUAAUACUAACUACGGGAAAAGGGUCCAUUGUGUAAAACAUAGUUUAUCUUUGGAUUCAAUGUUUGUCUUUGGUUUUACAAAGUAGCUUGUAUUUUCAGUAUUUUCUACAUAAUAUGGUAAAAUGUAGAGCAAUUGCCAUGCAUCAAUAAAAUGGGUAAAUUUUCUGAUU